AUGAUCCAAUAAAUUACGGAUCCUUGAUUUGGAAUUCCUUUAGAUAAAUAUUAUAAAAAUAAAUAUAAGGAGACCCCAUAAUAGAAAUUAAAUGAGAUGGUACUUAGAAUACAUGGAUCAGUUUAUGCUAAUUUAUUUUAAACUUAAAACUCAUAAAAUUGAUAUAGUUAUCAAUCCAAGUAGGAUAUCCAAAUAGAAAAUGUUGUCUCACAUAAUGAAGUUAGGUUCAAGAUGGAUCGGAAGGCCCCUUCACAAGGAUCCCAUAUAAAAUAUAGUUUCAUAACAAAUUUCCUAUUAACAUAAAAAAAAUCCUAGAUACAAAAAGUAUAGAGUAUUAUUUAAAAAAUUUGGAAGAAAAAUAUAAAUUUAUAAAAAAAAAAGAAAAAUAUAAAUUAAAACUAUGUAAAAGCACCAUCAUUGGUGGUAUCUUAGAUGGUUCUUAGCUUAUUAUCUUAGAAUUAAACAUUGAAAAAUAAAUCAAAACAGAUUAAAAUGCUAAGAUUUGACUCUUAACUUGCAAAAACCAAAAUUUUAAUCUUAAACAAUAUUAAGAGCUAAAGUUAAGAACCCACCGUUAAUGAUGGUCUUGAACUAGUUAAACUCUAUCUCACCCUAAGAAACAUUUCUUUCACGAAUUAUUGCCUUAUAGGACCACUAGUUUGGCUUUUAUUUGACCAACGUCCAAGUAGAUCGAUAAACAUUUAUCUUCUGGCUGGCAGUAUAUCAAUUAUACAAAUAUCGCGAGAUUGCUCAUGCCCAGGGGUAUAGGAAAUCUUCGCACGUGGCAAAGAUUUGUCGACAAUCUCUACGUGCGAGAAUCAUGGUCUCGCCAUCUCAUUGUGGAGUCCUAUAACGCCUAGCGAAAUUGUUCCCAGAUCAUUCACAUAGUUGUAUGUGUGGCCUGUUUGAUAAGAUCAAUCACAUACAUAUCCAUCUUUAUUUUGUUUUUUCUUUGGCAUACAAGAAAAGAAAAUGGCAUCUCAUGCCGUUUCUAGCGGAAAAAAACCACACGUAGUUUGCGUCCCUUUCCCAGCUCAAGGCCACAUCAAUCCGAUGCUCAAAGUGGCUAAACUCCUCUAUGCCAGAGGCUUCCAUUUUACCUUUGUCAACACCAACUAUAACCACAAACGUCUCAUCCGGUCACGUGGUCCCAACGCCCUUGACGGGCUUCAUUCUUUCCGAUUUGAGUCCAUCCCUGACGGUCUACCGGAAACCAACAAGGACGUCAUGCAGGAUGUCCCUCACCUUUGUGAGUCCACCAUGAAAAAUUGUCUAGCUCCUUUCAAGGAGCUUCUCUGGCGGAUCAACACCCGAGAAGAUGUUCCUCCGGUGAGCUGUAUUGUAUCCGACGGUGUGAUGAGCUUUACCCUUGAUGCAGCGGAGGAGCUUGGAGUCCCGGAUGUUCUUUUUUGGACACCAAGUGCUUGUGGCUUCUUGGCUUAUCUACACUUCUAUCGCUUCAUCGAGAAGGGGUUAUUAUCACCACUAAAAGAUGAGAGUUACUUAGCCACAAAAAUAGAUUGGAUACCAUCGAUGAGGAACCUAAGACUUAAAGACAUCCCAAGCUUUAUCCGUGCAACUAAUCUUGAAGACAUAAACUUUUUUGCCCAUGAGGCCGACCGAGCCAAACGUGCUUCGGCUAUCAUUCUCAACACAUUCGAUAGUCUUGAGCAUGAUGCCAUCCAAUCUAUUCAAUCUAUCAUUCCUCAAGUGUACACUAUUGGACCGCUCCAUCUACUAGUGAAUCAGGAGAUCGACGAGGAAAGUGACAUCGGACAGAUGGGAACGAAUAUGUGGAGAGAAGAGAUGGAGUGUUUGGAUUGGCUCGAUACUAAGUCUCCAAACAGCGUCGUUUAUGUUAAUUUCGGUAGUAUAACAGUGAUGAGUGCGAAACAACUCGUGGAGUUUGCUUGGGGUUUAGCAGCGACCAAGAAAGAUUUAGUAGCCGGUGAUGUGCCAAUGCUUCCGCCAAAGUUUCUAUUAGAGACGGCUGACCGAAGGAUGCUAGCAAGUUGGUGUCCUCAAGAGAAAGUUCUUUCUCAUCCGGCAAUCGGAGGGUUCUUAACGCAUAGUGGAUGGAACUCGACUUUGGAGAGUCUCUCCGGUGGAGUUCCAAUGGUGUGUUGGCCGUUCUUUGCGGAGCAGCAAACCAAUUGUAAAUAUUGUUGUGAUGAAUGGGAAGUGGGGAUGGAGAUCGGUGGAGAUGUGCGGAAGGAGGAGGUUGAGGAGUUGGUUAGAGAACUAAUGGAUGGAGACAAAGGAAAGAAAAUGAGAGAGAAGACCGAGGAGUGGCGGCGCUUGGCUGAGGAAGCGACGAAACAUAUGUGUGGUUCGUCGGAACUAAAGUUUCAGAUGGUCGUUGACAAGGUUCUUUUAGGGGGAGUAGAGAGACUACAUGGAGACUACAAUUUACUUUAAACAUAUGAUCUUUAGAAAAUUAUGUUAUGUAUAAUUAAAUAAAUAAAGUAUUAUUUCAUAUAUAAUGAUAAACCAUACUAUCUUUCUUUUUUCAACAGUAUAUAUUAUGUAUGCUUGAAUUCAAAUAAUAACGCAACAACCUCACUAA